AUGAAUUCUGAGUCUGAAUCAUCCUCAAUGAUUCAAGAUCAAACAAACACAACUAGUAUAUAUAGUGAUAGAAGCCAAGAAGACGUCCCUGAUCUAGCAAAUUUUGAAGAUAAGCGUGGUGGAAUUUUAUUUGAUUAUCUAAACAACAAAAUACAACGUAUGAAAACAUUUUCAGAUUGGGCAUAUAGAUCUUUACGAAAUCGCAACGAUUGUUUGCAAUCUUACGAUGAAAAUUCAACAGAAUUAAUUCCUAACGAAGAUGAAUGUCUGAAAUAUUUUACAAAACUCAAACGAAUGCGUCGGCAUAAAGAAAAUUGUUUAGUUGUAGUUCAAAAUGCAAAAUAUUACAUUGAGAGAGGAAGGAUCUCUCAAUUUUUCGAUAAAUGGAGAAAUUCUACAACUAAUAAAUUGGAAGAAAAGAACAGUUCUUUAUCAGAAAUCUAUUCAUGUUCACCUACGGAAAUUAUUGGAAAAAUUCAUAAUGAAAUAGAAAAACAAGCUUCGCUUGAAACACAACUAGAAGUCAUUACAGCAAAAGCAUCCGAUUUAGAAAACUUAUACAAACAGACUAAACAAAAAUCUCAGCAAAACAAAGAAAAACUUGAAAUUGCUCAAAUUGAAUUUAACAGAAUUGAUGAUCUUUUCAAGUCAACAUGCCAGAAAUACGAGGACGAAAUAGCAACGCUUAAAAUGAAUAUACCAAUAGUUACUGAAAAAUCAAAAGCAGCUCUUGAACAAAAAAGAUCCCAGCUCAAACAGAGAAAAGCUGCACAACGCAUUAAAACAGAUACAGAUAAUGAAAGCAUGGAAACAAUACGUGCGAAAAUUAAAGAUAUUCAAGAAAAACUCAAGAAAAAGAAAGUAAUUGCAAUUGAUAUAAGGACAGCUUGUCUUGCAUAUAAGCAUCAGUGUGAUGAAAUAUCGAAUAUGAUGUUGAAGGAUAGUGAAGCUCAUGAAGAAUUAUCUAAUGAUGUUUCAAGGAUUGAAACUCAAGUAUCACAAAUCUCUGUUAAUAAUUUAGAUGGAUUGCAAAAGCAAAAAGAAAACAUUGAUAAACAACUUAUCAGCACGCAAUCAAUGAUUACUCAAAAUAAGGCUAUCAUACAAGAAUUAGAUCGUCAAAUUGAGAAACUUCAGUUUGAAAAUCAUAUUUCUUCUCUUCAACUUCAAAAGGCAAGCCAUGCUUUUGCUGAUGAUGAUAUUGACUCUUCUGAUAAUGAUUAUGAUGUUUAA